UCUUCAAACAUCCACCUACUACUGACCCCUCCCUUCAAACCCAACCCAAAAUCCAAAUCAUUAAAUCCUUCAAACCCACUGUGUGUUUUGUGUGAAAUUUCACACACAACAAACAAUGGCAGCAACUCACAUUAACACCACCAACAUUGCCCACAAUCUCCAAGCUACUACCAGUCUUUCCAAAACCCAAACCCCAUCAAUAAAGUCACAACCUUUUUUAUCUUUUGGGUCAAAACACAAAAACCCAAUUGCCCAUUUCUCUGUUUCUUCUAAUAAUAGUAGAAAUCUUGGAAAAAAAUGUUUAAUAGUUUCUGCCGUUGCCACCACCGAGAAACCGUCAACGGUGCCGGAAAUUGUGUUACAACCCAUUAAAGAAAUCUCGGGUACGGUUAAUUUACCCGGGUCCAAGUCGUUGUCUAAUCGGAUCCUCCUCCUUGCUGCGCUUGCUGAGGGAACGACCAUUGUUGACAACUUACUCAACAGUGAUGAUGUUCAUUACAUGCUUGGAGCUUUAAGAACUCUAGGGCUAAACGUUGAGGAGGAUGUUGCAAUUAAAAGGGCAAUUGUGGAAGGUUGUGGCGGUGUGUUUCCUGUGGGUAAAGAAGCUAAAGAUGACAUACAGCUUUUUCUUGGGAAUGCAGGAACUGCUAUGCGUCCAUUGACUGCAGCAGUUACUGCUGCUGGUGGUAAUUCAAGCUACAUACUAGAUGGCGUUCCUCGUAUGAGAGAGAGACCAAUAGGUGAUUUGGUCACGGGUCUUAAGCAGCUUGGGGCAGAUGUUGACUGUUCUCUCGGGACGAACUGCCCUCCCGUGCGUGUAGUUGGUGGAGGUGGUCUCCCUGGAGGAAAGGUUAAGUUGUCGGGAUCUAUUAGUAGUCAAUACCUUACUGCUCUGCUUAUGGCUUCUCCCCUUGCCCUUGGGGACGUGGAAAUUGAAAUCAUAGAUAAACUAAUUUCCAUACCAUAUGUCGAGAUGACACUGAAAUUAAUGGAACGGUUCGGCGUCUCGGUAGAACAUAGUGAUAGUUGGGACCAGUUCUUUAUUCGAGGCGGCCAAAAGUACAAGUCACCUGGAAAUGCUUAUGUAGAAGGUGAUGCGUCAAGUGCGAGUUACUUCUUGGCUGGUGCUGCCAUAACCGGAGGCACCAUCACCGUUGAAGGCUGCGGAACAAGUAGUCUGCAGGGUGAUGUGAAGUUUGCGGAGGUACUUGGACAAAUGGGUGCGGAAGUAACAUGGACUGAGAACUCAGUCACAGUUAAGGGCCCACCAAGGGAUUCUUCUGGAAGGAAACAUUUACGUGCUGUUGAUGUGAACAUGAACAAGAUGCCUGAUGUUGCCAUGACUCUUGCUGUGGUCGCUCUUUAUGCUGAUGGCCCUACAGCCAUUAGAGAUGUUGCUAGCUGGAGAGUUAAAGAAACCGAAAGGAUGAUUGCCAUUUGCACAGAACUUAGAAAGUUGGGAGCAACAGUUGAAGAAGGUCCGGACUAUUGUGUGAUCACUCCGCCAGAGAAGUUAAACGUGACAGCAAUAGACACAUAUGAUGAUCACAGGAUGGCCAUGGCUUUCUCUCUUGCCGCUUGUGCAGAUGUUCCUGUGACCAUUAAGGAUCCUUCUUGCACACGUAAGACGUUUCCUGAUUACUUUGAAGUUCUUCAAAGAUUUGCCAAGCAUUAAUGUGAUUAUGGGUAGUGGUUUGCUUUUCUAUAUGUAAUUUUUGUUUCAUUUGUAACGAGUAAAAUGUGAGUUUUGGGCAUAACAUAUUCUUAUGAACUUGUAUUCUUUCGUAAGAUUUUUUUAGUGUAAUAAAAUAUUUUGCUAUUUCA